AUGGAUAUGGAACCUUUGCCUGAUGAUUCAUUGUGUUUCUCUUUGCCUCUUGUUUUGUUUUGUUCUGUUGUUUGUGGUACAGUGUGUAGCCAAUCCUUGUCUAACCCUGAUGAUCCUACCCCAGUCUUAUCCCUGAGAGUGGUUAGGAAAGUCAAAGCAAAGGCAAAGCCUCAUAAGAGACCACCACCAUCAUCCUCCACUGAUGACCCUGAGGAUGGCACCUCAGUCCUGCCCAUCUGCACCCCUUUGCUGCACAUCCCAAUCUGCACCAGACCACCCCCAACUACUGCCCAGCAGGCCACUAGUCCUGCUGGAACCACUGCUUCAUCAUCAGGAAGUGGUACCACUGCUGCAGGGGCAGGGGCUGGCUCUUCUUCUUCUCCUGCUGGUGGUGCUGCAACCACAACCACAGGGUCAAUGGGUGCUGGAGAAGGAGAUGGCUGGAAUAAGUCCAUAAGUACUCUGACUGUUGAACAUUUCCCUACCCAACCUGCACAACCCCAGAGGGAAAAGCCUGUAACCCUUCCUCCUGAUGAUGCUGUAGGACCUCAGCCACAUAAAUUCAUUAAAGUGGGUAACCAUUACCUAGUACCUGUGCCCAAUCCUUGGGAAACACAGUCCAUGAUAGCCUUCAACAAUCUGCUCAGAAGAAAGAGGCCUCAGCAUCAGGAGAUGCACAAGAGAAUCAUUGUUCCUUCUUUUAAACCCCAAGUGCCCUCUCAAAUGCUAAGGGUGCCAUCAUACCCAAGACAGUUGAUCCAUGUGAGGCCAAGGCAAGCCACCCCAGUGCGCAUUUUCCCAUUCCGCGUUGUUGAUGAGUCCAAGAGUGAAGAGGAUGGUGGGGUGAAACAACACUUGAGUCACAGACUCAUCAAGAGACCCUCAAGGAAACUCCCAGACUAUUGUGUUUGCAAACACAAGAACCUGCCUGAGCAGUGCUGUGAACCCUAUGAGAGACCAACACUUCCUCCAACAGAGGACACAGAGGAGGAUCUGCCACUAUGCACACCAAUGGGGAGUCAUAUACCAAUGUGCACCAGGCCAACCAGUGCUUGUACCACCACUGCUCAGUGUGGAACCCCUGCUGGGCAAAGUUCCCCAGUCACUUCUUCCAUGCCCUCUUCCAUGAUGGCUCAGGGAGGUAGUACCACUGUGAAAACAGCAGGUGGUACACCUCCUGUGGGAGUCACUAGUGUGUCUCCUGAACAAGGAACAGUUGCUCUGACUUCUCCUGGACCAAUGCCAGAGACACCACCAGGUGCAAGGGGUCUUUUCCAAAAUGUACCUCAGCUGAAAGACAAUAACAACCAGCUGCAUGGUUUGUAUUGCAACACUCACUCUGCACUUUUCAAGAAAGAGGGAGAUUCACUCAUUCUGGCCAGUGCUGGGGACAAAGCCCAAGUCAAACCCAGAGUGAAAUUGAGGUUCAAGUCAGUCCCAGGGCUUCAGUAUGGCAACUAUGAAACUGUGGUGGAUGGCAAAGGGAGACAUUAUGUUGUGGUACCAGCAGCUGACUUGCAGACAGGACCUGAGUUCAAGUCCAGUUACCAGAUGGCAGCAGCAGAAAUAAUGAGACAGAAGGCAGCCUUGCAACUUAAGUUACUAGAACAUCAAAGGAGACAAGCUUUUUUGGCAGCAGCCAUAAAACACACUAUUCUUAGCCAAUAG